AUGAACUACUGGCGCAACACUGGCUUCAGCAUCAAGGAGGGGCCACUUCCACCAGGAGGGAGCGUGGCAGCUGGUGAGCAAAGUACGGGGAAAAGUGAUGGGAAGCUGGACGCCCCAGGAGUACAGCCCACCCUCCGCGAAGGCUCUCGGGGCGCCGGCUGCUGCUCCCCGCGGCGCCGCCUCCCCACCGGGGAAGCCAGCUAUACUAAUUUUGUGUUGGGGAACGCGCAGAUAGUGGAUUGGCCUAUCGUGUACAGCAAUGAUGGAUUUUGCAAGCUCUCUGGCUAUCACAGGGCAGAAGUUAUGCAAAAAAGCAGUACCUGCAGUUUUAUGUACGGGGAGCUGACUGAUAAAGAUACAAUUGAAAAGGUGCGGCAAACAUUUGAGAACUAUGAGAUGAAUUCCUUUGAAAUUUUGAUGUACAAGAAGAACAGGACACCUGUGUGGUUCUUUGUGAAAAUUGCUCCAAUUCGAAACGAACAGGAUAAAGUGGUUUUAUUUCUUUGCACUUUCAGUGACAUAACAGCUUUCAAACAGCCAAUUGAAGAUGAUUCAUGUAAAGGCUGGGGGAAGUUUGCUCGGUUGACCAGAGCGCUGACAAGCAGCAGGGGUGUCCUGCAGCAGCUGGCUCCCAGCGUGCAGAAAGGCGAGAACGUGCACAAGCACUCCCGCCUGGCCGAGGUGCUGCAGCUGGGCUCAGACAUCCUUCCCCAAUACAAGCAAGAGGCACCAAAGACUCCCCCUCACAUCAUCUUACAUUACUGUGUUUUUAAGACCACGUGGGAUUGGAUCAUCUUGAUUUUAACCUUCUACACAGCCAUCUUGGUCCCUUACAAUGUCUCCUUUAAAACCAGGCAGAACAAUGUGGCCUGGCUGGUUGUGGAUAGCAUCGUGGACGUCAUCUUUCUGGUGGACAUUGUGUUGAAUUUUCACACCACCUUUGUUGGACCAGCUGGGGAGGUGAUUUCUGACCCCAAACUCAUCCGCAUGAACUAUCUGAAGACGUGGUUUGUGAUUGAUCUUCUGUCCUGUUUGCCAUAUGACGUCAUCAACGCUUUUGAGAACGUGGACGAGGGCAUCAGCAGCCUGUUCAGCUCUCUGAAAGUCGUCCGGCUGCUCCGUCUGGGGCGAGUGGCCCGGAAACUGGACCACUACAUUGAAUACGGAGCUGCUGUGCUGGUCCUACUGGUGUGUGUGUUCGGCCUGGCUGCUCACUGGAUGGCCUGCAUUUGGUACAGCAUCGGGGACUAUGAGAUCUUCGAUGAGGAUACCAAGACCAUCCGCAACAACAGCUGGCUCUACCAACUGGCCAUGGACAUUGGCACCCCUUACCAGUUUAACGGGUCUGGCUCAGGGAAAUGGGAAGGUGGUCCCAGCAAGAAUUCUGUCUACAUCUCCUCGUUGUAUUUCACCAUGACCAGCCUCACCAGCGUGGGCUUUGGAAACAUCGCCCCGUCCACAGACAUCGAGAAGAUCUUUGCCGUGGCCAUCAUGAUGAUUGGCUCACUUCUUUAUGCCACCAUCUUCGGGAAUGUGACGACCAUUUUCCAACAGAUGUACGCCAACACCAACAGGUACCAUGAGAUGCUCAACAGCGUUCGGGACUUCCUGAAGCUCUACCAGGUGCCAAAGGGAUUGAGUGAGCGAGUCAUGGAUUAUAUCGUGUCCACUUGGUCCAUGUCCAGAGGCAUUGACACAGAGAAGGUCCUGCAGAUCUGUCCCAAGGACAUGAGAGCUGACAUCUGUGUGCACCUGAACCGCAAGGUGUUCAAGGAGCACCCUGCUUUCCGGCUGGCCAGCGACGGCUGCCUGCGGGCACUGGCCAUGGAGUUCCAGACGGUGCACUGCGCCCCGGGGGACCUCAUCUACCACGCAGGAGAGAGCGUCGACAGCCUCUGCUUCGUGGUCUCCGGCUCCCUGGAGGUGAUCCAGGACGACGAGGUGGUGGCCAUCCUAGGGAAAGGAGAUGUGUUUGGAGAUGUGUUCUGGAAGGAAGCCACCCUUGCCCAGUCCUGUGCCAACGUUAGGGCCCUGACCUACUGUGACCUGCACGUGAUCAAACGGGACGCCCUGCAGAAAGUGCUGGAGUUCUACACGGCCUUCUCCCACUCCUUCUCCCGGAACCUCAUUCUCACCUACAACUUGAGGAAGAGGAUCGUGUUCCGGAAGAUCAGCGACGUGAAGCGGGAAGAGGAAGAGCGCAUGAAAAGGAAGAAUGAGGCCCCCCUGAUCCUGCCCCCGGACCAUCCUGUCCGGAGACUCUUCCAGAGGUUCCGGCAGCAGAAAGAGGCCAGGCUGGCGGCCGAGAGGGGGGGCCGGGACCUGGAUGACCUGGAUGUGGAGAAGGGCAGCGUCCUGGUGGAGCACGCCUCGGCCAACCACAGCCUGGUGAAGGCCAGCGUGGUCACGGUGCGCGAGAGCCCCGCCACGCCUUGCCUGGGCGCCAAGGCCGGCGACUGUGCCAAGCGCAGGGGCUGGGCCCGCUUCCGAGAUGCCUGCGGGAAGGGCGAGGACUGGAACAAGGUAUCCAAGGCCGAGUCCAUGGAGACGCUCCCCGAGAGGACCAAGGCGGCCGGGGAGGCCACCCUGAAGAAGACGGACUCGUGUGACAGCGGCAUCACCAAGAGCGACCUGCGCCUGGACAACGUGGGCGAGGCCAGGAGCCCCCAGGACCGGAGCCCCAUCUUGGCCGAGGUCAAGCACUCCUUCUACCCCAUCCCCGAGCAGACGCUGCAGGCCAGCAUCCUGGAGGCCAAGCUGGAGCUGAAGGAGGACAUCAAGGCCCUGCACGCCAAGAUGACCCACAUCGAGACACAGCUGGCCGAGAUCCUCAGGAUAUUAGCGUCCAGAAGGUCUUCCCAGUCCCCCCAGGAGCUGUUCGAAAUAUCCGGGCCCCACUCCCCAGAAUCGGGGAGAGACAUUUUCGGCGCCAGCUGAGAGGCCUGUUCAUGAACAGUCAGAGACAAAAACCGACCCCCCUGCCCUAGGCAACACCCCCACCACACACACCUACAUGAGCAGCAACUCUCAGAGCAGGCUCUUCCUGACAGAAAACCAAAGUGGGACCAGUUGCUUAGGCACACGCUCUCCUUCCGUCAAAGGCGCGGGGAGGAGAGUGUGCACCGGGACUGUCUUUGCACAAUUUCGGAAGAGGGGGCAUGCGGUCUAAAGGGUGUUUCCCUUCAUUUUUAAUUUUUUACUGCCGUGAUAUUAGUAAAAGAUGAAAACUACCAGAAAAGAGCAGCCGCCAUUUGGACAUUGGUGGGGGAGCACCGAGAGCCCCUCACGUGGGUCUGCUCCUUCUCCCAGUCCCCAAAGACUGUGGUGGGCACAGGAUUUCCCAGCAUUCCCUGUCCUUGUACAGCCUGUGUCUGGCAUCACCGUCUAUUUUCCUACA